GGCGUGCCAGAAAGCGGGCGGUGUGCUUCGUUGAUCGCUCACCCUAAAUACAGUAUUGUGGAAGGUGCGGAAAAAUGGAUGCCUCAACGGGAAAACAGGCCGCCGAAUUCCCGUCGGUGUUGCUGGACAGGUGCCUUUUGCCAGUGGUAUUUUCGCAGGCGGCCGCCGCCCUGAUCUCGGGACUACUCAACGCCCUGAGGAUCUCACAGAUCUCGUUUUUUGUCCUUUUCGUCCUCUUCUGUUCCGCGAGUUUGGCUAUCGUUUUCUUCUACCAUAAUCUUAAAGUAACGUCGACAGGGAAAUCUAUUUUGAUCACAGGAUGUGACUCAAAAUUGGGAUCAGCUUUGGCACAGCAGCUGGACAGUCUGGGAUUCACAGUUUACGCAGGCUGCUUAAGAAUUGAGUCAGAAAUCGCGACGAAAAUAAAAAGUGGGUCAUCGGGCAGGCUUCACUUGAUAUCACUGGACGUCACCUCGGAAUCUGAAAUUUCGUCGGCCAUCAAUUACAUUAAGAAAAAUCUGCCGCACUCUCAAGCAGGAAUUUGGGCGGUGAUAAAUUGCGCUUCAUGGGCUGCUUUCGGCGAGGUAGAAUGGGCACCUUUUUCGAACUUCCAGCGGUCUGCCGAGGUUAAUCUUUUGGGCACCAUAAGGGUCACCCAAGGUUUUUUGCCUCUACUACGAGCCACUGGAGGUCGAAUUAUUAAUGUGGUGAGUCUGCUUGGUCGCGUCUCCUCACAGGCCAGGGCACCAUACUGCACAGUCAAAUCAGCUUUAGAAGCGUUCGUCGAGUGUCUCAGGUUGGAAAUGAAGAGAUGGGGCGUCGAUGUCAUCCUGGUUGAGCCAGGCGACUCCCUGACUGGAGCUUUAGAAUGGUUCAGUGAGGAGAGAGUUUUGCGACAGGCAAAGGAAGCUUGGAUAGCGAUGAGCGAUGAACAGAAAAAGGAGUAUGGCGAGAAACACUUUGUAAACACAGUCCGAGCUGUCCACGACUAUAUCAAGGAGGAUAAGGAAAUUGACUUAGCCCCGGUUCUGCGUGCUCUUGUUGACGCAGUGGUCAGAACCUUUCCACUGCCAAGAUAUCAGGUUUUCACCCCUGCUGAGUGGGUGCAAACUCAAGUAGCUGAACAUUUUCCACGCUCCAUUUACAAUAUUCUUUACAACUGAGCUCAAGGCUUUUGAAGAGGUGAUUGGAAUUUGUGUUGGUUGUGAAAGGAGAAACAAAAUUGUACAUUUAGCUGAAUAAACUAAUUUUAAUUUAAGAA